GAAAGUCAGUUUAUAAAUCCUGCUCGAAGUAGACUUUGCAACUAAAUUAGCUGGCUUGUUAAUAAAAAUUAGUUGUGUUUAAACUUGAAGGCUGAUCGGUGCAGAAAGAGCCAAAAUCAUGUUCCUGGACGACUUUGGAAAUCCCAAGGAGGUGACUCCCGAAACCCUGAGCACUUACACCUACGAUCUGCACGGCACCAAGCUGCUGACAUCGGCGGACUCCGAGAUUUACCUGCCACCGAAGUGGCACGGCACGAUCUACAGCACUGAGAAGCUGCUGGACACCUACAGGCGGCGCUUCAACCCCGAUCCCACGCUGCUGACCUUCCACGCCAUGCAGCCCUAUGAGCCCGAGUUCGUCUGCGUGCAGCGGGGCGUGGUGGAGCUGACGCUGCUGCCGGCUGGUCAGAGCCUGCACAGCGACAAGGACAUCGUGGUGUUCCUGAUCAAGCAGCCCGCCGAGGAGAAGAACUCGCUGGUCACCAAGGAGCUGAGCACGCUGCUGGACUUCUUUCCGCACAACCACCACUACCACUCCCGCAUCCUCGACGAGGGCAUCGACGUGGUCUACGUGGACGACAGGAUCUACAACAAUGUCCCGCCCACCAGCCACCAGUACCAUCGCCUGUACAACUUGCUCCGCAACAUCCAGCCCGGCGCCGUGCUGAGCCUCUCCGGCAGUCCUUUGCCCGAUGUCCUGCGCAGUGCCUGCAGGAAGCCAGUGCACAAGGCCAAGGAGUCGCACUGAAACGCCGCCCCUUCCCCGGGAUUUGUGUGCCUCCAGAAACAUGGUCGUAGUUGGAGUCCGGUUUAAUAAACUUUGUGACUGCAGAA